AUGGCCGCCGCCGCGAAGCUCUCCGUCUCCAGCCAGGCCUUCGCGGCGCUCCUCGACUGCUGCGGGACCGCCGCCGGGGACUGCGACGGGCUACUCUUCGGCCGUGCCGCCCGCCCCCCGGCCCCUCCCCCUUCCCUCUCCGACGACGACGACUCCGGCGCCACCUCCUCCGCCCCAACCCUAUCCAUCAACGUCACCGGCCACGCCUCGCUCGCCCGACCCUCCUCCCUCUCCGACGCCCUCGGCCGCUUCCAGCCCUACUCCCCCGCCCGCCCAGCCACCGUGGGCUUCUUCUCCUCCCGCCGCAGCGCGGCGCGCCGCCCCUCCAUGCGCGAGGUCGCCGUCGCCCGCUCCCUGUCUAAAUCAUUGGCCCUCACCCACCCCCUCGUGUUUCUGCUCGUAGCCCCCUCCGCCUCCUCCAACCUCUCCAUCCACUCGUUCGACUACCGCGCCUUCCUCCUUGUGGAUUCCCGCCUCUUCCCCACCUCCCUCCAGGUCGUCAACGUGGGUCCUGGUUUCCGGGGCCAGUACCACACCUUCGCGGCGGAGUCGCCAAUGCCGUGGCUGCCGCGUCCGCCGGCAAAGGGCUUCAGCAUCAGAGACCAGAAGGCGAUGGAUGGGAUGAUUGAUGCGUUCGGGCUGGGAAGGGUGGAGGCCUUGGUGGCCUCGGCCACGGGGCAAUCAACCGAGGUGGAGGAGAUGUAUUCCGGGAUGCUAAGGAGGCUGGAGAGGCUUGCUCGGGAGGCGGAGGGGGGAAGGAAGCUGGUGCGCCGUCAGGAAAACAAGAACUUAUUGGCAAAGAUAAAAAUUGCCGGGUUGAAGUAA